AGGGCUUUGUUUUUGUGUGUUAAGGGUGAGGGAAUUAAAAGCAGCGCAGCAAACGUUGAGAUUUACCUCGUCGAUGUUUGUAAAUAUUACGUAAUAGGAAAACGCCGAGCCCGGUAGUUGAGCUCGAGAUGCCAGCUCCAGAGGUUGAGGGUAAAUUGUAUGUCGAUUUUAAGCUAACAAAGUGUGACUUUAGUAGAGUCAUUGUGGCCAGCUGUAGGAUUAUGAUGUAAAUCACAACUCUUAUAUUUAAAACCGAUUCUUAUUUUGACUUGAACUUUACUUUUUUUGACAUAUUUUUUUUACCAGCUGCAACUGAAGCUCUGGGUUAAACUCCUAGCAACAACUGGACAUGAUGUACUCACGGCAGUGGGCUUAUGAAUCUGAAACAUUAGAAUCAGGAGAACGCCUCUCUGUCCUAUCGCCCUGCUGGGACUCAUCAUUCAGCACACAGCCUGCAGUUUGCCAUUAUUGUGACAUAAGUAGUUUUCUUGUUGAUGAAAAGGACACACACCAGUCAGACGUCAUUUUAAUGCUGUAAUGUGAUGACAUUGACAGUGAAAUAUGCAAGUUUUCAUUCUGUGAAUAUUUGUAGUUUGCUACAGCUGUUCAGACAUAUGGGACAUGCUGAUGUUUCCUGUUAGAAUAAUUUUAUUAAAAUAAAAGGUAGAGACUUCCUUUAGCCAUAAGACCAAGUUCAGACACGGUUUUUCAGUUUUGAUGGGGAUGGCCAGCAGUACAGUUAAUGGGCCAGGGUCCUUAUGCAGCAAAAUCACAAGAUAAACGGCUGACAUCAUCAAAAUUCAACUUUAUUGAACUUGUGCCAUCAUGUCAUCUCAUGCUUUUGAAAUCAUUUGUAAAAUUCUUUGGAAAAGUUUUAAACUUUUUAAGUUUUUAAAUUUUUUUUUUAAUCUUUAGCCAUCAUUUGUUAUUAAACCAUUAACUACGUAGAAGCUGUAAAGUAACACAAAGCAGUUUCUUGCUCCUCUGCCCUAUUGGUUGAAAGUGGAAUUACAACUGUCGUAAACAACCCUGCUGCAGCCUGCUACAGCUAGUGGUAACAACGAGCUAAGACUAACAUGAGCCAACUAAAACUCAAACAAACCAUGAAGUGAAAAGAUCCACACUGUUGGACAAAAAAUUGUAUUACUUUCAACUUCAGUAGCAACAAAGCCAGGUCACCAUUAGUCUGUGUUUUUGUUGCCUCCUCAGCUUCCUCAGAUCAGUGUAGGCUGCAUACAUGUUCACUCUGGUUUUAGCAAUUUGUUUCAACAAAAAAGCAAACUUCUUUUUCAUGUUGUGCUUUUUAUUCACGAUCAGCAAAGUAAAAAACUAUCUGCUUAGCCUGGCAAGCUCCAUUAACGGCUGUCGGUCAUGGAGUGGAUUCUACUGUUGUCGUUCAAAUGAUCUCUGCAUACCACUGGACAAUGAACAAUGUGACGUACUCACCACAACGGAUGCCGGUAAACGAGAAGAAGAAGAAGGCGAAAAUACAUCUUUUUUUCUAAAAAAAAAGAACUUAAAUACAUCUAUCUGCUCCUGAUUCUAAUAAAUCCCAAGUCCAAAUAGUCCAAAAUUGAUGUAAAAGCCGUUUUAAACGAGCUACCACCACCUUGUUCUACUCUUUUGCAUCAUCCCGCCCACCAGACGAAUAGAGGACCCUAACUGGCCCACAAAGCGCAUAAAGCUCUGUGACUGGUUCACAAAGCAGAUAGAGUGCUAUGAUUGGCCCACCAUUAUGGACCAAUCACAGCUCUCUAUGGGUUUGAAACCCCUCUAGAGAGCUGUGAUUUGCCAGCCAGAAUGCUGCUAGGGGCUGCAGAGGUUCCAGUGGAGUGUUCCUAGACCAAACUUCGCAAAGCAAGAAUUUGGUCUAGUUCACUAGGCUACUAUCUGCUAGCAUAACAGCUGUAAAGCAGGUAAAGAGCACCCCCUAUAAAGCACCUACCCGGUCCACAAAACUGUUAAGUACAGUAUCUGGCUAGUAGAAAGCUGCAGAGUGGUGUCAAACUGGUCAAGUUUCUAACUCAGCAAUCACUCAGAUCAGUGUUAAAGCUCUAGCUUAUUGUGUGUUACUUUAAUGACUCAAGUAGCUAACUGUUGAGUAAAAAUACAUCCAUCAUCAGUAACGCAAAAAGCAUGCCACAAUACAAGAGUGUAUCACACAUACACUGUUUUCGUUGUACUUGUGCUUUUAUAGAAGUGACUCGUUUCGUUCGUCACCUGGAAACUAGUUGCAACAAUAGAUUUAUCAUUCUAAAACUCAAUGAAAGUUAAUGGAAGCUGUAACGUCUCAUCCUCAGUUCCAGGCCCAAGGCAAUUAUAAUGAAUCAUUCUGUGUCACUGUCAACAUUAGCCAACAGCAGUUUAGUAUGUGUGUGUUCCUUUACUGUAGAAACACACACAUACUAACAUACUAAACUGAUGGGAGGGCGAACCCUACAGUUAACUCUACAGUUAACCUUUUAAAUUUCCAGGUGUAAUAAACGCAAUGGGGUUUUGUCCCAUGGGCGGGAUGCUGGAAUGCUAAGGGGUUAAUAUUCUAAAUAUUAUAAAACGAAAUCUGACUUGUUGGUUUCACAAAGACCACAAGGUCCAACAACUACAUCUUGUUUUGAUGUUGCAUCAGCUUUGCCCAAACAGGAUUUCAGUUAAAGCACAUGCAGUCGACUGUAUUUAAACUGGCAGAUUGUUGACUGAACCUACAGGGUUUGUGUUGAAUCGUUUCCUAAAACGCUGAAUCAUGCAAUGCCUGCAAAAGUCCUUGUGCAUCUUAUUUGACACUUUCAUGACUGUCCACUCUCAUCUCUUCUCUCAAACACACAGCUCCACGGUGCACAUGCUCAACGUUUGUACGAUGAAGUUAUCAUUUGUUUGAAGUCUCUUUCAUACAAAAGUUUCCUCUUAAGUUUAUCUAGAUUUUUUUUUCCCACUCUCAUUUCCACUUUUGACCAAGUGUGUACGUCUGUGUGUGUGUGUUUGAAUGUGUGUGCACUUAUGUGUGAGUAGGGGUCAGUGGGAGUGGUGGGUAUGUAAGAGACUGACUGCCAGCGGUCUAUAUAUAGCGCCUCCCUCCUCCCCUCAGCUCUGUCUUGGAACAGUGUUGAAAUUCCAGCCCAACUCUUCUGGUCGAACCUCCACAAGGAGCAGACUUUACUUAACUGCUACUGACAACUUAAAGACAGCCUCACAAACACCUUCAAAGAAGCACUUGAUGUCUGUGCUCCUUUCCAAUGGGCUUCGAGGAUUCCACGGUCACGGGAGCUGCUGUACAGAGCAGGGGGCGUCAGGUUGGAGGCGGAGCAGAGGCUAAAGUAGAAAUUGAUAGUUGACCUGUAGGCUCAUAUAGCUGUCAGAAAUGGAGCCCAGCGCUGCCUGUGAUCUACCUAAACUCUCACUGGAGCUUUGAAAAACUCUGGAUCCGUGCUGGUAGAAUCUUCUCACCACAGAAUACGUUUGCAGACUGUUUAUUCCUUAUUUUCGAAGGAUAUUUUCACGUCUCUUCCUCUGUGACUGCUACAUUUUCAGCUCUACUGCACCGAUCAGUCCUCAUGUGGGCACUUUUGAUCUGGUUAUGGCUCCUCCAGCAUGGAAAACGACUAUCUUCCUGUUUUACUUGGAUUGUGUUUGAGAUGGAGCUGUAACACUGAAUCUGUGACAAAUUCCUUUUCAUCUGUCACAAUUUUCCCACUUUUCUUGAUAUUCUUUUUUCCAACCAUGGAGGUUGACACAUUGAGCUUUGGUUAAAUAUGCCAGACACCAGGCAUUAAUGAGAUGUCUGCAGUUUGUAGUAUGAUAAAGUAAUGAAGAUAAAAAUGCCAUCUUGCAAGAAUUUUUACCACUGGUAAAGAAGGUCGUAUCACUCCACCUUCAUACUGCUCCUUCCUGCUUCAUAUACUGUACCUUUUGGCGUUUUGUCAUUCGGCAUCAUGGAAGUACCAACUAAAUGGAGCAGGGCAAGUGUCAUCAGUUUCAUCAAGGGUCUCGCCUCUCCAGUGGGACUGAAGCCAUCGAUCCCACCUCCCAGCACCACGUUAGGAGAGAGGAAGGGUCCGGUCAUCAUGGCACCUGUCAGCGUAGACCCUGAGAGCAAGCCGGGCGAGUUUGUCCUAAAAAGCUUGUUCGCCAACUUCACCCUACUCUCAGAGCGCAAGAUUCGCGUCAUCAUGGCUGAGCCACUGGAGAAGCCACUUAACAAAUCUCUGCAGAGAGGAGAAGACCCACAGUUCGACCAGCUGAUCAGCUCUAUGAGCUCUCUGGCAGAGUACUGCUUGCCAUCCAUCUUAAAGACUCUGUUCGACUGGUACAAGAGGCAGAACGGCCUGGAAGACGAGUCCCACGAGUACCGACCCCGAGCCAACACCAAAUCAAAAAACGAUGAACAACAGAAGGACUACUUACUAGAGCGUAGGGAUCUGGCGAUAGACUUCAUUUUCUCGCUGGUGCUUAUUGAAGUUCUGAAACAGAUCCCCCUUCACCCUCUACUGGAUGGACUCAUCCAAGAAGUUGUUAACCUCGCCUUCAAGCACUUCAAAUACAAAGAGGGGUAUCUGGGGCCCAACACCGGCAACAUGCACAUCGUAGCUGACCUCUACGCUGAAGUAGUGGGAGUGGUCGCUCAGUCGAGGUUCCCAGCUGUGAGGAAGAAGUUCAUCUCUGAAUUGAAGGAGCUGAAGCAGAAGGAGCAGAAUCCAUACGUCAUCCAAUCCACCAUCAGCCUCAUCAUGGGGCUCAAGUUUUUCCGCAUCAAAAUGUACCCGGUGGAAGAUUUUGAAGCCUCCUUUCAGUUCAUGCAGGAGUGUGCCCAGUAUUUCUUGGAAGUGAAGGAUAAAGACAUUAAGCACUCAUUAGCUGGACUAUUUGUGGAAAUACUCGUACCUGUGGCUGCUACUGUGAAGAAUGAGGUGAAUGUUCCAUGUCUGCGAAAUUUCGUAGAGAGUCUUCAUGACACCACGCUGGAUUUGUCCUCUAGAAAAAAGCACUCACUGGCUCUGUACCCGCUGGUGACGUGUUUGCUGUGCGUCAGUCAGAAGCAGUUCUUCCUCAGCCGCUGGCACAUUUUCCUAAACAACUGCCUCUCCAAUCUCAAGAACAAAGACCCUAAAAUGGCACGUGUGGCGCUAGAAUCCCUCUACCGCUUGCUGUGGGUCUACAUGAUCCGAAUAAAGUGUGAGAGCAACACUGCAACACAGAGCCGCCUGACAUCCAUCACUUCCACCUUGUUUCCCAAAGGGAGUCGAAGUGUUGUGCCCAGAGAUAUGCCCCUCAAUAUUUUUGUCAAGAUCAUUCAGUUCAUUGCUCAGGAGAGACUGGAUUUUGCCAUGAAAGAGAUCAUAUUUGACCUGUUAAGUGUUGGGAAACCUGCCAAAGCCUUCAGUCUCAACCCAGAGCGCAUGAACAUCGGUCUGCGUGCCUUCCUGGUGAUAGCAGAUGCUCUGCAGCAGAAGGAUGGAGAGCCUCCCAUGCCCAACACAGGAGCAACUCUGCCCUCCGGAAACUCACUGAAGAAGAAAAAAACAUAUCUGAGCAAGACACUCACUGAAGAGGAAGCCAAACUAAUAGGCAUGUCUCUUUAUUACUCCCAGGUGCGCAAGUCUCUGGAUAAUAUCCUCAGACACUUAGACAAGGAGGUGGGCCGCUGCAUGAUGCUCACCAGUGUCCAGAUGCUCAACAAAGAACCUGAGGACAUGAUCACAGGAGAACGGAAGCCCAAAAUCGACUUGUUCAGGACGUGUGUGGCUGCCAUCCCUCGGAUUCUUCCUGAUAGCAUGUCCAAACCAGAGCUCAUUGACUUGCUUUCGCGACUUACGGUCCACAUGGACGAUGAGCUUCGUCUUAUUUCCCAGAAUUCCCUGCAGAGCCUGUUACUUGAUUUCUCUGACUGGAGGGAAGACGUGUUGUUUGGUUAUACGCAUUUCCUUCUGCGUGAGGUUCAAGACACUCAUCAGGGUCUGCAGGACGCAUCUGUGAAGCUCCUCCUCCAGUUGCUUGGACAGUGGAGGCUAGCUCUGCAGCUCCAGGGGAAGAUGCGCGGUGGAGUCGAGAGCAGCCCUCGUAUGCCAGAGCGAAGCCCUCAUUGCUCGGUGCUCCACGCCGUCGAGGGCCUGGCGCUGCUGCUCCUCUGCUCGUGUCAGAUCAGCACCAGGAAGCUGGCUGUCAGCGUGUUAAGAGAAAUCCGCUGCCUUUUUACUGCUCUGGGGCAUGCCGAGGAUGAUGACAAACCCAUGAUAGAGGUCAUGGACCAGCUGAGCCCAGCUGUAAUGGACAACUUUGUUCAUGUGGCUGUCUCUGACUCUUCCACAUUGCCCCUCAGCCACCACGUUGACCUUCAGUGGCUGGUGGAGUGGACCGCUCGGCUGGUGAGCAGCUCAUACGACGUGAAGAGCCCCAGCCACGUCUGGAUCUUCGCUCAGUGUGUGAAGGACCCAUGGGUGCUCUGUCUGCACAUCUUCCUACGACAGGAGCACUUGCCCAAACACUGCUCCACCGCUCUAGGAUACGCCUGGCCCUACGUUUUCACACGGCUGCAGCUGCUGCUGCCCCUGGUUGACCCUAACAGUCCAGUGAAUGCAAAGAAGACCAGUACAGCAAGCUCCAGCGACCUCUACGUUUCGCUGUGGCGUAACUACCUGAUUUUAUGUCUGGGUGUGGCAAAGCCGAGCAUCAUGUCACCAGGUCACCUCCGGGCUUCCACGCCUGAAAUCACAGCCACAACACCUGAUGGGAGUGUCACUUAUGACAACAAGGUGAUCGGCACUCCUUCAGUGGCCUGGCUAUUAAAACAACUCGUCCCUCUGAUGAGAGCAGAGAGCCUAGAAAUCACAGAGUCUCUUGUUUUGGGGUUCGGAUGCACAAAUGCUCUCGUUUUCAGGGAAUUGGUUGAAGAACUCCAUCCAUUGAUGAAAGAAGCACUGGAGCGUCGGCCUGAGAACAAGAAGCGCAGAGAGAGGAGGGAUCUGCUGAGGCUGCAGCUGCUGAGGAUCUUUGAACUGUUGGCGAGUGCGGGUGUUAUUAGUGACAGCACCAACGGGGCUCUGGAGCGUGACUCUCUGGCGCUGGGCGCUUUGUUCCUUGAAUACGUGGAUCUCACCCGGAUGCUUCUGGAAGCUGAGAAUGAGAAGGAGCUGGAUGUGCUCAAAGACAUCAGAGCCCAUUUCAGUGGGAUGGUGGCUAAUCUCAUCCAGUGCAUUCCAGUCCACAACAGACGAUUCCUUUUCCCUCAGCAGUCUCUGAGGCAUCAUCUCUUCAUCCUCUUCAGCCAGUGGGCGGGACCCUUCAGUGUUAUGUUCACUCCCCUCGACCGCUACAGCGACCGCAACCAUCAGAUCACUCGCUAUCAGUACUGUGCCCUCAAGGCCAUGUCAGCAGUUCUGUGCUGCGGUCCAGUUUUUGACAAUGUGGGUCUCUCCACUGAUGGCUACCUGUACAAAUGGCUCGACAACAUUCUAGCCUGUCACGACAUUCGGGUGCACCGCUUAGGAUGCGAGGUGGUCAUCCUGCUCCUAGAGCUGAACCCAGACCAGAGUAACCUGUUUAACUGGGCGGUGGAUCGCUGCUUUACUGGUUCUCACCAGCUGGCAUCUGGCUGCUUCAAGGCCAUCGCCACAGUCUGUGGCAACAGGAAUUACCCAUUUGACCUGGUGACUUUGCUGAAUCUUGUGCUGUUCAAAGCCUCAGACAGCAACAGAGAAAUAUAUGAGAUCUCCAUGCAGCUGAUGCAGGUGCUAGAGACCAAAUUGUGUGCAUACUCUAAGCGAAUGGUGGAGCAGAAACCGGCAAACAUUUUAUACGGGACCCACGGGCCCCUGCCUCCUCUGUACAGCGUCAACCUAUCACAGCUCUCCAUCCAGCUCGCCAGCAUGUACCCGGAGCUCACUCUGCCUCUUUUCUCAGAGGUGAGUCAGCGGUUCCCCACCACCCAUCCCAACGGCAGACAGAUCAUGCUGUCCUACCUGCUGCCCUGGCUCAGUAACAUCGAGCUAGUAGACACCGGGCUCCUACCGCCAGCAUCAAGUCCCUGCACCCCCGAGGAGGAAACCCGUGGUCAGGCUCAGGGCAUGGCCCCCAGUCUGAGGGGGAACGGCUGGGGCUCCUUGCAGGCAACCUCGCUGGUGCUCAACAACCUCAUGUUCAUGACCGCUAAGUACGGAGACGAGGUUCCUGGACCAGAGAUCGAAAAUGCCUGGAAUGCUCUGGUGUCCAACGAGAGGUGGAGCAACAACCUGCGAAUCACCCUGCAGUUCCUCAUCAGCCUGUGUGGUGUCAGCAGCGACACCACGCUGCUACCCUAUAUUAAAAAGGUGGUGAUCUACUUGUGUCGCAACAACACCAUCCAGACAAUGGAAGAGCUUCUGUUCGAGCUGCAGCAAACCGACCCGGUUAACCCGGUGGUUCUGCACUGUGACAAUCCUCCCUUUUAUCGCUUUGCUGCCAGCAAUAAGGCCUCCACCUCCCAGACAGGCACCACCUCCAGCAGCAACACCGUGGUGGCCGGUCAGGACAAUCUGCUGGAGACGGACGAGAACAAGCUGGUCAGAGAGCACGAAGAUCGCAGGUGCAGAGCUCACAACAGGCUGGAGUCUCGCUACAGCAACAGCUCUGGGGGCUCGUAUGAAGACGAGAAAAGUGACCCUCUCCCUCCCUACGCUGGAUGGCUAUUAGGUGUCCUGGAGACCAAUCGGCCUCAGCCUUUACCCAUGCCUGUUAAUGGAGGCUGCUGGGCACCUCUGGUUGACUACCUUCCUGAGACCAUCACUCCCAGAGGUCCUUUGCAUAGGUGCAACAUUGCUGUGAUCUUCAUGACUGAGAUGGUGGUGGACCACAGUGUGAGGGAGGACUGGGCUUUGCAUCUGCCUCUGCUGCUGCACGCCCUCUUCUUGGGUCUGGACCACUACAGGCCAGAGGUUUAUGAACACAGCAAGCGUCUCCUUCUCCACCUCCUCAUCGCUCUUUCCUGCAACAACAACUUCCAGGUCAUAGCUUCAGUUUUGAUGCUGACGAGGGAAAUUAAAGAUAACAAGACCCUGACGAUCAAGUCCAGCUACCACGCAGAGUACCAGCAGUCACAAGCGUCUGACUUCCUGCGGGAGUGGCAGGCAUCUCCAGUGGUGGACUCUGGACUCAGUUCCACCUCCAACUCAUCCUCUGCCAGUCUGGGUGGGGGGAGCACUGCAGGCAGUGUUGGAAACUUGCCCCUUGUGACGCCCGACGAUCUGGAGGAUCUUGAAGACGCUCCCAAUGAGACGGAUGAGAAGACCAACAAACUGAUUGAAUUUCUCUCAACCAGUGCCUGGAGUACUGUGUUGUUCUUGCUCAGAGCUUUUGGGCCGUUGUGGGCUCAUGAAGACAUCACACCGAAGAACCCCAACUCCAAAAGCACCGAGCAGCUUUCCAACUUCUUGCGGCAUGUUGUCUCUGUUUUCAAGGAGUCCAAAACUGACUUCCACCUCGAACAGCAGCUGAGUGAUGUGGCCUUGCAGACCGCUCUGUGCAGCUCUUCGCGUCAUUAUGCCGGGCGCUCCUUCCAGAUCUUCAGAGCCCUCAAACAGCCAAUCAACAACCACGCUGUCUCUGACUUGGUGUCUCGCCUUGUUGAGGUGAUAGGAGAACAUGGGGAUGAGGUGCAGGGCUAUGUGAUGGAGGUGCUGCUGACCCUGGAGUCGGUGGUGGUCAAUCUGGCAGAGUGUAUGAAAAACAGUGACCUUAUGGCAGCACUUACCAGGACCUCCUCACCAGACUUUGUGACUAGUGACAAACUUAUGAACAGGAAGAGCACAGGUCAGCUGAACUUUCCCGGACCUGGAUUUGGUGGUCUUUCGUCACAGCGCCACCAGCGCUCUUAUUCUGUCCCCAAGAAGUUUGGGGAGUGUGGUAACCUGUUGAGUGAUCCUCCUCGUAGUGCCACCCUAGAUCGAAUACAGGCCUUCAAUAGUCAUGGUCUCACCCGAGUAGCGAGGACCCCAGGAUCCUGCACAUCUUCGACCAAUCGUAUAGAUCCCAGCGUGCUGUCAGAUCCAUCACACGUCUCUCAUCCUUAUUCAAUACUGGCAACAGUCUUCUGGGUGGCGGUGUCACUCAUGGAGUCAGACUUUGAGUUUGAAUACCAGAUGUCACUUCGUCUUGUUCACAAAUUACUGUCAAAGGUGCCGCUGGACAGAGCUGAAAACCGCGAGCGUCUGGAGAAACUGCAGGCUCAGCUCAGAUGGAGCGGGUUCUCUGGCAUUCAGCAGCUGCUGUUGAAGGGUUUUACCUCCCAGACGACCUUUGACCUGACGUUACAACUCUUCUGCCAACUUACACCAGUCUCCCGUGUGCCUGUGGUGGACAGCUCGCAGUCUAUAGGUGGAUCCCAGUCCUUUAGUCCUGUUGGAUUCUCUAACAUUUUCAAGCUAGCUGAACAUUUUUCUCCUUGCUUUACAGGUUUUCCUCUGAACGUUCUGUGUCUGCUGCCUCACCUGGUGCAGAACUUCAGCCACCCGACACAGUUUUGUAAGGAAAGUGCUGAGAGGAUUGCACAGGUGUGUCUGGUGGAGAAGAACACAAAGCUGUCCCACCUGGCCCAUGUGAUGACUCUCUAUAAGACACGCUCAUACACUCGAGACCCAUUCUCCUGGGUCAGCGUCGUGUGCCGCUACCUCCACGAAGCGUUCUCCGACAUCACACUCAACAUGGUCACCUACAUGGCCGAGCUGCUUGAUAAAGGCAUUCCCAGCAUGCAGCUGCCGCUUCUUCAGAUCAUCUACUGUCUGCUCAGCCACAUGGACCUGACCGCUGUUCAGGUCAAACAGUUUAAUGCUGAUGUCCUGAAGACAAUUGAGAAGUUUGUCCAAACCAUUCACUGGAAGGAUGCUUUAAACAUCUUGAAGCUUGUAGUGUCACGUUCUGCCAGUCUGGUCCAUCCGGUCUACAGCCACUCACAAGGUGAUCUGUCCAACCUUGAGGUGAGCAGAGUGUGGGACGGGUCAUCUAAAGCUCUGCCUGGAAAAACUCUGGAUUUCACCUUUGACAUUUCCGAGACGCCAGUUAUCGGGCGUCAGUUUGAUGAGCUCCAGGGUUCAGGGGGCAGGGAGGGGAAGGCCAGAGCCAUGGCCGUAACACGGAGCGCCUCCUCUACCUCGUCCGGAUCAAACUCCAACACCAUCCUGGUGCUCGUCAGCUGGAGGCGCCCUCAAUCGUCUCAGAAAAGAACCAGAGAGAAGCUGGUGAACGUUUUGUCUCUGUGUGGACAAGAAGUUGGACUCACCAAGAACCCAUCAGUGAUUUUCUCGUCCUGUGGCGACCUGGACAUGAUGGAAGUCCGGGAGAGUGGCGUCUCGUCAGAGGAGGGUGGAACCAGAGAGGACACGCUUGACGACACGGCCAGCGAGCAGCAGUUCAGGGUCUUCCGAGACUUUGACUUCCUGGACGUAGAGCUGGAGGAUGGAGAGGGAGAGAGUGUUGAUAACUUUAACUGGGGAGUCCGUCGGAGAUCACUGGACAGCACAGAGCUGGGCGACAUGCUGGAGGAGAGCCAGCACUCAGGCAGCACCCCCAGCUUGGGUCACGAGGACCCCCACGAUUCAUACGAGUCCUCAGAGGAAGAGGAGUCUUCAACGAGCCAGAGCCUCUCCCAUUCCCAGCUUACAAACCCCUCCCCAUCAGAGGAAACCAACCACACUGAUUCUCUGUCUACGUCUUAUGAAACGUCAGCCGACCCCCUGUCUCUGAAUGCCACCACACCGGGUCAGGGAGUCCUCGCCGAUGAUCACGGCGGCCUAUAUGUGAGGACGUGUGGCGAGGAUGAGGACACUCAUGCUCAAGACGACGAGCUGUCCCUGGGCACCAAUGAGCUUCCUCACGGCUCUGACUGCGGUGAGAGCUUCACCCUGGAGUUACCGGGACAACCUCAAGAUCAGUUAGCUAAUCUGGACCGCGGUCUGAACGCUGAUUACUGCCAGCCCCCACUGGACUUUCUGGACCCCAACUGUCUGCCCAGCUUACGUGGUGAAAUCGACGAUUUAGAAGACCUUGGGUUUCCUCCUCCCCCCUCUCCAUUUUUUUCCGCCAUCUUGGCAGCUUUCCAACCCACGGUGUGUGACGAUGCGGAGGAGGCGUGGCGCUGUCAUGUCAACCAGCUGGUGAUAGACUCCGAUGGCUCUUGUGCUGUCUACACUUUCCAAGUCUUCUCAUCACUCUUCAAGAACAUCCAGGGUAAAUUCUGCACCUUGACCAAUGAUGUUGCCACCUACCUUGGUGAGGGGUUGAGGGGGAUUGGAUCAAAGUUUCGCAGGUCCUCCCAGAUGCUGACUACAUGCUCAGACUGCCCAACCAUUUACAUUGAUGCUGACACUAUCAUGUCCUACGGCCUCCUGGAGAAGAUGAAGUUCAGUGCACUGGAGCUUCAGGAGUACCUGGACACUUACAACAGCAGAGAGGAGGCUGCUGUAUCGUGGCUGAGGAACUGUAGAGACACAUUUCCCAGGUGUCCCGGAGACAACGUGGUGACCUGCCAACCUGGAGACUCAGAGGAGAAGCAAAUGGAAUCUCUCGCACAACUGGAGCUCUGCCAGAGGCUCUACAAGCUGCACUUCCAGCUCCUCCUGCUGUUCCAGUCCUACUGCUCGCUCAUUGGUCAAGUUCACGCCAUUAGCUCCGUGCCUGAGCUGCUGAACAUGUCUCGAGAGCUCACAGAUCUGAAGACCAGCCUUCAGGCAGCAGAGGCAGCUGUCGCCAGCGACCUGGAGCAUAAACACUUGGCCCACAUCCAUGCACACGCUGCCCAGGUGGCGGCAGUAGUCGUGCCCAACUUUGCGUCCUCCGAAGCAGCCGUGCAGGCCAUACUGGAGUGCCUCAGGAGCCACGAGUUCACCAAAGCUGUGCGCUACAUCCAGGAGUGCCGGACGCAGUGGCCCUGUGGGGUGUUUGGCGGCAGCUCGGAGAGCGAGGUCCAGACGCUGCUCAACAUCUACUUCCGUCACCAAACUCUGGGUCAGACGGGCACCAUCGCCCUGGUCGGCUCUCGCCAGGACCUCAGCCUGAUCUGCUCCAAGCUGCUGGAGCUCAACGGGGAGAUCCGAGACAUGAUCCGCCGCGCCCAGGGUUACCGGGUGGUCACAACUUACCUCCCCGACUCCAGCGCCUCCGGGACAAGCCUCUGACAGGAUCUCAGGAGCCCCCCUCCUCCGCCUCCUCCCCCACCCGCGCAACCAUUCACCCUCCCAAGAGCAUCUCCACAUCCCUCUCUGACAUUUCAGCUGGCUCACACAGAGGAGCCACAGCAGCCACACACGUGGCCCCUCCCCCCUCCUACGUAUCUGCUGCCGCGGCUGCACCGCCCCUCCCAACACUAAAACUAGAAGCUGUCUUAAACUGGGACCUUCCCCUGCAGUUUUCACCAUCACCCACUGU